ACGAUGACUUUUCUAAUGAACAUAUUGCUGCUUCAUCAUCAAGUGGCAAUGUUUGUGAUGGCACCGAAGUAAAAAGAAAACGGAUAGACGAAGGCGUUGGUUCAACAUAUCCAGUAACUUUCAUUUGUAAUGAGCUUGUAAAAAAUACAAAAGCCAAAAAUGAUGAACUUAGGAAUCUUUUUAUUCGUAAUGAUCUUAUUACCGCUGAAGGAAAGUUUACUAUUCAAAAACCAGAAUUGGUUAAUUUGCCAAUACUGAGUGGUAACAAUCUUCAACUUCGUUUCCAUACUAAUGAAGAUAAACUACCAUUUAUAUAUAGAAAAAAUUGCAUUAAAAUCUUUAAUAGAGUCAUGGAUUUAAUCGAAGAAACAAAUAGUCUAUAUAUACACGGUCCUUCUGGUUCAGGAAA